AUGCCGCAAUGCCAGACCCUGUCCAGCUCAUCGACCGCAAUCCCAACCGUGACUGGCACUUUCGCAGACAAGAAAAAGAUCACUCUCGACUUUAGUACGAGUCUGCUCGCACGGGCGAUGAUCGGAAAGAUUCCAAAUAGGGUGUCUAUCAAGGAGAUCUGCACCCUUCUCGAAUCACUGCCACUGCCGGACAAGGGUGCGCCGAACCAGAACUGUAACGGGCUGGCGGAGUCAUUCGACCUCGACCCGUUCAUGGAUGAUUCGCUCGCCUUUGCUGAUCGCCGGCUGAGGGACCUGGAGUCUACGCUCGACACGAUCAAUUACCGGCUCAGAUGA